AUGCUCAUCAAGUCGUAUCUAUUGGCCAGUGCGCUUGCGGGCAGCGGCCUAUGCAGCCCGCACCUGGUCAAGAAAGGGUUCUGCGGAACUCCCCAGCAGACAGAGGCGGAAAGACAAGAAGCUCGUCUCCAAAUGGCUGAAAUAGAGGCUGGGGAUUGGAGUAUGGCUGAGAAUAACAUAACCGUACCUACCUACUUCCAUGUUGUUGCGAGCGAUGAUACCGUGAAGGGGGGGUAUCUUACAAGAGAAACUAUGAUGGCUCAGUUGAAACAGCUCAACACGGAUUUCGCUGGGACUGGAUUUGACUUCAACCUCAUAGACAUUGAUUGGACCAUCAACCCCGACUGGGCCGGGGAUGGGGACACGGACACCAUGAGAGCGAAGCUCCGAAAGGGUGGUUACAGCACCCUGAACUUGUACUUUCAGUCGUCUUUUGAAGGAGGAUAUUGCUACUUCCCCGGGAAGUUUGAACCUGGGAGCCCUGAGUUCAACCGAGAUGGAUGCUAUGUUAGUGCCAUUACUGUCCCAGGAGGGUCAAGUAAAGUUUUCAGUCAAGGCAAGGUCGCCUCACAUGAAGUCGGCCAUUGGCUUUACCUUUACCAUACAUUCCAGGGCGGUUGUGAAGGCAAAGGGGAUGAGGUUGACGACACUCCUGCUGAGGCUCAGAAAGCCGGUGCUCAGGGCUGCCCGGUUGGGGCUGAUACUUGUCCCAAGGUGCCUGGUCUGGAUCCUAUCCAUAACCAUAUGACAUACACCGCCGAUACCUGUCGUAAAGAGUUUACUCCCGGCCAGGUUAAGCGCAUGCGCCUGGGUUGGGCCACGUUCCGUGAUGGCAAAUAA